UCAGCAAAAUCUAAGAAGUGAUGAUGGAAAAUUUCUCUUCCACUGGUUGAUUUGAGAUGGAAUUACUCACUCUAGUCUAGUACUCAGGAAAAGUAACUGUAAGAGGUCAGAACCUGGAUUUAUGACAAGUACACUUUAAGAUAAACUGAUUUCAGGUAAUGCAGGUGUAAUGUUUCUUUUGUUUAUUGCUCUGUUACAGACUGGUUCUCUUUACUGUAAAAAACAUUGCAGAGGAAGUACUACAGAAAUGGGCAAGAAAAAUGUUUACUCCUCACAAAGUUUUGCUAUGCAGAAUAAUGUUCAAGAUCACCAGCACAUUCACAUUAAAGGAAGAACAUAUUGCUGCUCACUAUGUGGGAAGAGUUUUACCCGCCCAAAUAAUCUCAGAGAGCACAAACGGAUUCACACAGGAGAGAAACCAUAUAACUGUUCACAAUGUGGGAAGAGUUUUGCCAUAAAGAGUACUCUCACAAAACACAAACGAAUUCACACAGGAGAGAAAUCAUAUUACUGUUUACAAUGUGGGAAGAGUUUUGCCCAGCGGAGUACACUAACAAAACACAAACGAAUUCACACAGGUGAAAAACCGUAUUACUGUUCACAAUGUGGAAAGCGUUUUGCCCAGCUGAGUACACUUACAGAACACAAACGGAUUCACACAGGAGAGAAACCGUAUUACUGUUCACAAUGUGAGAAGAGUUUUGCCCACCGGAGUACACUUACAGAACACAAACGGAUUCACACAGGAGAGAAACCGUAUUGCUGUUUACAAUGUGGGAAGAAUUUUGCCUACCGGAGUUCUCUUGGAGAACACAAACGGAUUCACACAGGAGAGAAACCAUAUUGCUGUUUACAGUGUGGGAAGAGUUUUGCUGAUCAAAGUAAACUCACAAAACAUGAACAGAUUCACACAGGAAAGAAACCUCAUUACUGUUCACAAUGUGGGAAGAGUUUUGCCAUGAAGAGUACUCUCACAAAUCACAAACGGAUUCACACAGGAGAGAAACCGUAUUACUGUUUACAAUGUGGGAAGAGUUUUGCUCACCAGAGUACUCUUACAGAACACAAACGGAUUCACACAGGAGAGAAACCGUAUUGCUGUUCACAAUGUGGGAGGAGUUUUGCCCAGCAGAGUACUCUUAGAGAACACAAGCGCAUUCACACAGGAGAGAAACCGUAUUGCUGUUCACAAUGUAAGAAGAGUUUUGCCCACCAGAGUACACUUGCAGAACACAAACGGAUUCACACAGGAGAGAAACCGUAUUACUGUUCACAAUGUAAGAAAAGUUUUGCCCACCAGAGUACACUUGCAGAACACAAACGGAUUCACACAGGAGAGAAACCGUAUUACUGUUCACAAUGUGGGAAGAGUUUUGUCCAGCAGAGUAGCCUACUGGUACAUAAACGAAUACACACAGGAGAGAAAUCGUAUUUCUGUUCACAAUGUGGAAAGAGUUUUGCCCGGCAGAGUACACUUACAGAACACAAACGGAUGCACACAGGAGAGAAACCAUAUUAUUGUUCACAGUGUGGGAAAUGUUUUGCCAACCAGAGUAAUCUCACAAAACAUGUACAAAUUCACACAGGAGAGAAACCAUAUUACUGUUCACUAUGUGGGAAGAGUUUUGCCCAGAAGAGUACUCUCAUAAAUCACAAACGGAUUCACACAGGAGAGAAACCAUAUUAUUGUUCCCAAUGUGGGAAGAGUUUUGCCCGCCGUAGUAUUCUCACAAAACACAAACUGAUUCACACAGGAGAGAAACCUUAUUACUGUUCACAAUGUGGGAUGAGGUUUGCCCAGAAGCAUACUCUUACAGAACACAAACGGAUUCACACAGGAGAAAAAACUUGUUACUGUUCACAAUGUGGGAAGAGUUUUUCCCUAAAGAGUAAUCUUACAAGACACAAACUAAUACACACAGGGGAGAAACCGUAUUGCUGUUCACAAUGUGGGAAGAGUUUUGCCCGCCAGAGUACACUAGCAGAACACGAACGGACUCACACGGGAGAGAAACCAUAUUGCUGUUCACAAUGUGGGAAAAGUUUUGCCAACCAGAGUAAUCUGACAAAACACGAAUGGAUUCACACAGGAAAGAAACCAUAUUUCUGUUCACAAUGUGGGAAGAGUUUUUCCCACCAGAGUAAUCUCACAAAACACGAAUGGAUUCACACAGGAGAGAAACCAUACUACUGUUCACAAUGUGGGAAGAGUUUUGCCCACCAGAGUAAUCUCACAAAACACGAACGGAUUCACACAGGAGAGAAACCGUAUCAAUGCUCAGAGUGUACGAAAAGUUUUACGGACAGUUCUUCUCUCAAAAAACAUAAACACAUUCACAAAGGGGAGCGACAUUUCUGCUCACACUGUGGGAAGAGCUUCAAACAUAAAAGUAGCUUAAAAAAUCAUGAGGUCCUUCACACAAAAAAAUGCCAUAUUACUCUUCGCAGUAUGAGAAAGGCUGUAUAGUUCAUACACCUACUCAUUCAUACAGGUGAGAAACCUCAUUCUUGUUGCAUUCCUCUUCAUAGUGUGAGAUCUUUUUCAGAAUUAGGUGAUUUAAAAAAUACACUAGCACAUUCACACAUAAGAGAAGCCAUAUUAAUGCUUACAAUAUGGAAGAGUUUUACACAAUAGUAUAUCAUUAAAAUACCCCAGUUCAUUCACACUGGAAAAACACUUGUUGAUCACUGUUGUUUACACUGUGAGAAGAGUUUUAAUAUAAGCAGUAAUCUCAAAUUAAAUGAAUAUUCAAACAGAGAAGCUGAUCAUUAUCUCUGCUGACCAUGUGUUAGUUUUGCUCUAAGUUGUCAACUUAAAUGUCAUCAGCUCACACACACACAUAUAAACUAGUAAACGUUUUUUGUAGACAGCCAAUAGUCUUUAGUACUUAUUUAUUUUUCCUUACAGCAGUCUUCCAGUUCUGUGAGAUUCAUGGGUUAUCUUGCACGAACUGCUCUUUUAAGAUCUGUCCACAGUUUUUCAAUGAUGUUUAUGUCAGGAGACUGUGAGGGACAUGGCAAAACCUUCAGCUUGUUCCUCUUGAGGUAGUCCAUUGAUGGAUUCUGAGUUGUGUUUAGGAUUCAUUUAAAUUUUAUUUGUAUAGCGCUUUUAAAAAUUUACAUUGUCGCGAAGCAGCUUUACACAAUCAAAAGAAUUAAGUUUGUAUGAAAUGUAAAUGUGUAUGAAUCAAAAUGAUAUGAUUGUCCCUGAUGAGCAAGUCGAGGACGACAGGAUCAUUAUCCACUUGUAUUAGCCAUCCUGUUUUUAACUUUUAACAUAUUUUUUACAGAUGUUAUGUUUGCUUCCAGAAUUUGUUGGAAUUUAAUUGAAUCUAUUCUUCCCUCUACCCGUGAAAUGUUUCCCAUGCCAUUGAAUGCAUUAUGACCCCAAACCAUGAUCGACCCAUUCCCAUACUCACAAUUUCACCGGUGCUCUUUUCAUAAAAUUCCGAGCCCAUG